AUGGAUCGUUUUGUGCAGCGAUCCAAGUCUAACACGAGCCGGUCACCGCUUGCCACUGGAUCCGGAAAUUCCAACAAGAGGCCUGAGGGAGCUGCGCAACGGACUACUCCAACGAAACGGAGAAGGGUUGCCGAGCUGAAGGAGAGCGGUGAUGAAGACGAUGAAUUUGACUUGCCAACCUUGACCAAGAGUAUCAGGGACAGCGAGGAUGAAGCCCCCAAAAUGCCACCACGCCAAACAGCAAUUGAGAGCUCUUUGCCGGCUGUCCCGAUAGAUAAAGAAGCGAUAGAGCAGUAUGAGGCCAUGCGCUCCUCUCAACCACAGAUCGAUGAAGACAAUACCACUACCAGGUUCGAAAAGCGGCAAUGGGUCCCAGGAAAGAGCUCCAUCUAUGUCGAUGCCUUCAACCUUGCAUUGGAGACCGUCUUGGAGGAUGAAUCGCCUUUGUUUGAUAUCAAAGAGAAGCAUGUCUUUGAGCAAUGGCGAGGCUUGAGCUAUGAGACUCAGUAUUUGUAUGUACGUCUCUUUCUGCGCAAGACUGCCUCUUGGCAUCGCGUGGAACGACUGCAGUCUUCUUACAGCAACGAUAUCACCGAUGUUGAUCUUGCUAUUGAGAACCUUUUGGAGCCCCGGGAGUUGCCAGGUGACAGCAGUAAUUCUCCAGAAGAGACACGAUCUGAGGGUCUCGAAGUGUGGUCAUUGGGCGACACUUUUACCUUUGCGGAUGACUCUCAAGAAUACAUCAAAACUAUGGCAGACGCCACUCCUUUGUUGAGUCUUGACGAACUCAAGGCACUUGCAAAGGAUGCCAAGGUUAAGGGGAAGAACAAAACCGAUCUAGUCAAGGCGCUCUGUCACACAAGUGCUCGACAGGCCGGCUUGCUGUCCUUGGGUCUAAGUCGACAAAAUACUAAUGAAUCGAUAGCCUCGAGAGACCAGGAGCCAGAAGACAGUCAAGAAAAAACGGAAGUAAACAGGGAUUCUCACUUUCUCAGGAAGAUACUUGCUACCACAGGGCCACUCAUCAGGCUCUCCGAGUCCAUCUUCAAACUCUUCGAGCGUGUUCAUCUGGUCUUCUACCGGUCAACCGAAUGGACCGAGAACUCACUGACGGCGAUCAUCCUGGCUAAGAUUGCACGAAGGAACUACCCAGACUAUAUCGUCUGCAGAUCCUCCAACAUAUUCGACUCCCGCCAGAGCCUCCUGGAAUUCGAGCUCUCGAUGCGCAAAGACUUCGAGGUGGACAAGGUUCUCGAGUUCAAUGGCCCACCAGGUGAAGCAGGGUUCCUCAAGGUCCUCGAUAUCUUUGAGGGCAUAGCUGAACGAUGGAGAGAACUUCUCAGGCAGGAACAGCACCGCGAAAAUCAUGUAUACGAGUUUGGCGAAGGGAGUUACCUUCGUCGAUUCAACGCAGCUCACGCCUUCACUCGGGUCGCUCACAAAGCUGCCUACGUCCUUGGCCGUCUACACCGAUAUCGGGAAGAACACGCACUUCUCACCGAAUUGCUCAGUCAGCAUCUCUUCCAUCCAGCCCGCCGCGGAUCGUGGUAUCAACGCAAGGCCUUACUGGAGGAACGGUACAUGUGGGAAGUGGAUCCAGACCCUGUGUCAACCAGUCCCGAAACUCAGAAGAAGCACUGGCAACAGAUUGCCCUCAUCACCUGCGAGACGGGACUGGAGGAUAGAGACUGCCACCUGAUCUAUCACUACGACCUCCAAAAGCGCCUUCUCAAGCUUGAAAAGAGAUUACGGGUGCCACGUCGUCUGCAGCAUGACUUUGGUCAUGUAAAGCUACGGGAACCGGAAGAGCAUAACGUUCAGGGCAUCCAGUUGGUCCGAGAUGAUCCGGAUCCCAAAGGCAAGAACGGCCGCGGCCUGAGCACCAAGACGACGUGGCUCGACGAACUAGGCAAGCUUGACGAGGAUGGAGAACCAGCUCAUGUCAGUGUUGAGGAGAUGUGCCUAUCAUACUAUCGCCACGAGGGCUGGAAAGGCUACCACAGUGAAGGUGGAAUUCUCCGAACAUUGUUUGCUUACUUGUUCUUCGACAUCUUAUUCGUCUAUGUUCCCAAUGUUUUCCAAACGGCUUUCCAAACAUGCCCCCUCGAUCUCCACACGGAUGCAUUCUACCCAGCCCGGGCCAGUCUGAUCAACCAUCGGCUUGUCGAGAUUGCCAACGGUGGUGGCGAGAAGAUUUUGCGGGAGGUUUACGAGCGGGAGCAUGAGAGGCAAACCUGCGUGGUAGGUUUGAACUGGGACUUUGAAAUCGAGGACUUGGUAGAGUUGGUCUCCUGUUUCAACAGGGCUGCCCUUGCUGCCGUAUGCAAAGUCAUGUCAGAAGACUAUAGGGCACGCGGAGGCGGUGUGCCAGAUCUCGUGCUGUGGAGGACAGCCGGAGACGAAGCCCAAACCAAUCGAGAUGGCAUCAUCAACAACAACAUUGACCGAAAAGGAGAGGUCAUGUUUGCCGAAGUCAAGAGUGCAAACGACCGCCUCAGUGAUACACAACGACUAUGGAUCCACGUACUCACAGGCGCAGGAGUGAGGGUUGCGCUGUGCAAUGCCGUGGCACGAGAGGUGCGAACAUUGCUGUGA